AUGCCUGUACGACCUCACGACGGAGGCAGGGGCGAGAGGGAAAGAGAGGUUCAUCAGCUGGAAUUUCGCCUCCUUCACCCUCUCUGCCACUGCGUCGCUCAUAGUCAUACCCAUCGUUUAGGAAAUCACAAACAACUGGGUGGUGGGCUUCCUGAUUCCGACUUGCUUUAUGCUGCUCUCAUACAUCCUCUUCUUCGACAGAUCGCUGCUCUACGUCAAGUCCAAGCCGGAGGGGAGCCGGAAAGUGCCAGCUUCAGGAACCGGAAAGUGCCGCUUCCUUCUGACCCCAAUCAGCUCUUCAGCUGCCCUUCUGAUGUCCAGCGCGCCGCCAUCGUUUGUAGGACGAACCACCUAAGGUAA